AUGUCGGGUUCAAUUUUGUCGGGGACGGAAACCAGCAGCCUGAGCGACCCGCCCCCUUCCCCGGGUGCACCAGUCUCCUUAUCUCAUGGCUGGAGGUGGAAGAUGCGCCUCGCCGCCGCUUCACACCAUCCCACCCCCAGGAGAGGAGGUGCCCACCCAGCUGUGCCCACCCAGCCACCUCCCCCCGUCCUUUACGGGUGCAACGAGGCCUGUGCGGCCACGCUGCGCCCACCUUCCCCCGUCCAGGCGGCUGCUUCCAGCCUGGGCUGCACCUUGCGUCCUCUCCGGCCAGCGGGAUGGUGUGAAGCAGCGGCGGCAGUGGAAGUGAAGAGAUGCUAUCAAUCCACCGUCUUUGUGGAGGAGCAGAAAUGGCUGCUUCACCUCCAGUACAGAUCACAGCUCCUUGUACACAAAAGAAUACACACAAAGGAAAAACCCUUUGAGUGUUCAGAAUGUGGAAAGAAAUUCACUGUGAGUUCCAGUCUCCAAAUAAAUCUAAGGACUCACACAGGGGAGAAACCUUUCGAAUGCUCAGAGUGUGGAAAGAGAUACAGUUGCAGUUCCAGCCUUCUGCAACAAAAGAGAACCCACACUGGGGAAAAACCAUUUGAAUGCUCAGUGUAUGGAAAGAAAUUCAAUCAGGGUAGUGAUCUUCAAAGGCAUCUAAGAAUGCACACAGGGGAGAAACCUUUUGAAUGCUCAGAGUGUGGAAAGAGAUUCAUUUCAAGUGGCCGUCUUCACCGCCAUAAAAGAACCCAUACAGGGGAGAAACCAUUUGAAUGCUCAGUGUGUGGAAAGAGAUACAGUAGCAGUUCCAGUCUUCAAAUGCAUCUAAGAAUCCACACAGGGGAGAAACCAUUUGAAUGCUCAGAGUGUGGAAAGAAAUUCAUUCAGAGUUCUGAUCUUCAAAGGCAUCUAAGAACCCACACAGGUGAGAAACCUUUUGUAUGCUCAAAAUGUGGGAAGAAAUUUAGUCAGCGUGCCCAUCUUCUACAGCAUCUAAGAACCCACACAGGGGAGAAAUCUUUUGAAUGCUCAGAGUCUGGAACAAAAUUCACUUCAAGUGGCCAACUUCAACAGCAUCAAAGAACCCAUGCAAGUGAGAAACCUUUUCAAUGCUCAGAAUGUGGGAAGAAAUUCGGUCGGAAAGUCCAUCUUCUGCAGCAUCUAGGAACCCACACACAGGAGAAACCUUUCGAAUGCUCAGAAUGUGGGAAGAAAUUCAGUCGGAAAGUCUAUCUUCUGCAGCAUCUAGGAACCCACACACAGGAGAAACCUUUCGAAUGCUCAGAAUGUGGAAAGAAAUUCAGUUUGAGUUGCACUCUUCAACGGCAUCGAAAAAUCCAUAUAGGGGAGAAACUGUUUGAAUGCUUGGAAUGUGGAAAGAAAUUCUAUAAAAAUAGUGAUCUUCAAAGGCAUCUAAGAUCCCACACAGGGGAGAAACCGUUUGAAUGCUCAGAGUGUGGAAAGAGAUUCAGUUACACUUCCAGUCUUCAAAAGCAUCGACGAAGCCACACAGGGGAGAAACCGUUUGAAUGCUCAGAGUGUGGGAAGAGAUUCGGUUACAGUUACAGUCUUCAAAAGCAUCGACGAACCCACACAGGGGAGAAACCGUUUGAAUGCUCAGUGUGUGGAAAGAGAUUCAGUUCAAAUAACUAUCUUCACCAGCAUCAAAGAACCCACACGGUAGCACUUGCAGGAUGCCCUGCUCAGAUCAGCGAUGCUGUUGUUGUGGCACAAGGGGGAGAGGCGGCCCCGCAGAUACGAGGGAUGAAGGGCUUUAUAUGUGACAGCCAAUACAAGGCCUGGGACCUUCGCAUCUUUGGGACCACCUCUCCUGGUGUGCCCCCAGAGAGCAUUGCACUCGAGAAGUAUCAACUCGCUCAUGCUUCCCAGCCCAAGGAGUGCGUGGCCGUCCUCGACAAGGGCCAGGGUGUUUUCUGCCUUGGCCCCUCGGCCUGGUGGAAAUGCCUCCCUAGUAGCAUCAAGACCCUGCGGGACCGUAAGGAUUUCCACAGGCUCUGCAAAACAGAGCUAUUCCACCAGGCCUACAACUGA